CUAUUAAAUCAAAAUGAAUUUCGCGUGACUCAAUCCACUUAUUUAUUUAUAAGCCACCAUUACCUUCUUCAUCGCUCAUCACUAUAAAGACUGCACUGUUUAUUUUCAUUAUCAACUCAUAAAAUAAAACGCCAGUCCCAUACUCUCUCUCUCUCUCUCUCUCUCUCUCUCUCUCUCUCUCUCUCUCUCUCUCUCUCUGAAAAAGUUACAAACAGUAACAGUAUACCAUAACCUUUCUCUCCCAAACAUUCCCUCUCUCUCUCUGUUGCUCUCUCCAGGUUGGGAGUUACAUUUAAGAGUCAACAUGUUUCUUCUUAGAAAGCAAACCCAGAAUCAGCCAGAGAAUGCUUCCUCAAAUCAUGAUGCUAAGGUGGCUGAACUGAGAACUGCUAUUGGGCCCUUAUCCGGGCGUCCAUUGAUGUAUUGCACAGAUGCAUGUUUAAGGAGAUAUUUAGAAGCUCGAAACUGGAAUGUUGAUAAAGCCAAGAAAAUGCUGGAGGAAUCACUCAAGUGGAGAUCUACUUAUAAACCUGAGGAAAUCCGCUGGUCUGAAGUAGCACAUGAGGGCGAGACGGGAAAAGUAUCCCGAGCUAAUUUUCAUGAUAGACUUGGGAGGACAGUGCUUAUUAUGAGACCAGGGAUGCAGAACACAAAAUCCCCAGAAAAUAAUAUCAAGCAUUUAGUCUAUCUGUUGGAAAAUGCUGUACUUAAUCUUUCCGAUGGUCAGGAACAAAUGUCAUGGUUGAUAGACUUCACAGGAUUUUCAUUUAGCACAAAUGUUGCUAUUAAAACUGCUCGUGAUAUUAUUCACAUUUUGCAAAACCACUAUCCAGAAAGGCUUGCUAUUGCUUUUCUGUAUAAUCCACCAAGAAUAUUUCAGGCUUUCUGGAAGGCUGUAAAAUACUUCCUGGAUCCCAAGACAGCCCAGAAGGUAAAGUUUGUUUAUCUCAACAAUAAAGACAGUGUGGAGCUGAUGAAAUCACUCUUCGACAUGGAAAAUCUUCCUAGUGAAUUUGGCGGGAAAGCUACUUUAAAGUAUGACCAUGAAGAGUUCUCACAGUUAAUGACCGAAGAUGAUGUUAAAACUGCAAAGUUCUGGGGACUUAAUGAUGAGAAGCCCUUCACUACUAAGAAUGGCCAUGGCGGGGCAGAGGUAGCACCAGAACCCGUGGGCAGUAUCGUUAGUUGAUUAAGUUUUCAUAUUAUGUCUGUUAUUACAUUAACAGUGCUAUAUUGCUUCUUUAAACUUUUAUUCAUAACACCUAGUUACUGUAAUCCAUACAUUUUCAUUGAUGUAUUCCAAUGCCUCAAUAAAAGUAUUAAGGUUGUGGCUGCUA